AUGGCAACUUAUCGUGGAGGCUUUUUGACUCGUUUAGCUGACAAGAGAGGAUAUUCUUCGCCAGACUCGAUCAAGAGCAGUGCGGGAAUAAAAGGGAGGGAUGUACGAAAACAAGAUCAAGAGAUCUAUAUCGUGAUUAACAAGACGUUAUCUAGAGCGGCUAUGAAUCUGAUUCUUUCCUAUUACGUUGCAAGGUUUUACACCGAGGAGGGACAUCACGACAUCAACCGAUAUCGCCUGACUUGUGCUGUAGCCGGUAUCAUAGGUAAUAGUUGCGAUUAUAACGCCAUAACCCCGUGGCAAAACAUGAAGAACGCUUUUAAGACGACAGGAAUCAAUCUAAUAAUAAAUCCGAUAACAUUUAGAGAGUUCAGGGUCCAUGCAGAUCAAGACGAACGGUUAAGGGAGUUCCUCGCAAAUUGGGAAGAUGACCAAGGCUACAUGUUAGGAUCUACCCAACUUCCGCUGAUUUAUGCCGGGGCUAUUAUAUUGGCUAUGUUUGAAAACUUAAACACUAAUAACUACAUUCCAUGGUUCAAAAAGAGAAUAGAAACAUUUGCUGGAACACUAGGAGAUGAUUAUACUCCUCAGAACACCAGUGAUGGAACUUUACCAGAGCUAUUCCAACUCCAACGUCUCCAAGGGAUGGCCUCUGCAUACCAUGAGAUGAAAAAGCGCUUCUACUUUGAGAUUGUGGCCAUUGGCCAACAACCAACAACCGAUUGUGCACUGGUGUUUGCAGAGACUCCGUUGUUGAGAGGAUUGAAAGAACGAUACGCGGCUGCUAUUAAAGAACUCAAGAAAUACAAGAAAGAAGACAUGAUGUACGUUAAAAUCUUAGCCACUAAGGAUGAUUGCGCGAUGCUCAACGGAAGGGUGUUCUCACAAGCUACAAUCGUAGCUAGUGCCAUCGCACAAUUCGUCAAUUCAACAUAUAAAAGCUAUAAUCAGAGUAGUAGCGAGUCGAGUUUAAGAACUCGCAGUAUCAUUACAAACUAUCUCAUCAACAGGACAAGCUUGUCGGCUCUCGCAGCUGGUGAAAACGAUAUGGAGAAUAUGGGCCCAACUGAAAAAUAA